AGGAAGCUGACGAUGACGACGACCCAGAGUACAACGUCCUGGAGGACCUGGACGAACCGGACCUGGAGGACUACAGGACGGACCGGGCCGUGCAGAUCACCAAAAAGGAGGUGAAUGAGCUGCUGGAGGAACUCUUUGAUACGCUUCAGGAGGAAGUGGCCGCUGAGGAGCAGGAAGAGGAGGAACCGUCACAGACUGGAGCCAAGUUCAACGUCCCUGCAGCUCUACGGUUCGAGGCCCCGUUAGCCAGCAUGCUGACGGAGCGGCGCAGGACCGUCAGGAAGCAGUAUGAGGCCCUGCAGCAGAGGAGGGCCCUGCAGGACUCCACCAACCAGCACCGGGACCUGAAGGGCCCGCCCAGCCCACAGCCCAGCCCACAGCCCACCACCUCUAUCAUAGUCCUGCAGAGAGGCGUCUGCCCCCCCCUCCACCUGGACCACACCCAGAAACUGCAGCUGCAGCAGCAGAUCCAGCAGCAUGUGCAGCUGCUGACUCAGGUCCACCUGCUGACUCGCCGCGUGGACGCCCUGAACCACGAGAACUGCAUCACUAAACACUACCUGGAGGAGCUGCAGCAGUUUGCCAGGCGUCGGGAGGAGCUUCUCCUCAGCAGCAGCUUCAGAGGGUGUAACCUUCAGGGGGCUCUGGACCUCCUGCGGGAGCAGACAGCGGGUCCUGGUCCUGGUCCUCCUGCCUCCUCCAGACGCUGGCUCCCCACCAUGAGCCCUGCCACCAGGAGUCUGGCCUUCCCUCUGAUGCCUGCAGACGAGGCCUGGCUGUUCGCCACGCGGCCCGUCUUCCUGUACCCAGAACUACUUCCUGUCUGCAGCCUGGACCCGCCGGCCCAGACCCGACGGCGCCGCAGCGUGUACACCGCCGGAGAGGACGGGUUGAUGGUGCUGGCUCUGAAGCACUUUGAGGGGGGGGUGCAGCCGGAUCAGCUGAUCAGCUCCUACCUGCUGUGCAAGUCCCGCUGGAAUCUGAGGAAACACAUCCGAGAGAUGAGUGGCACCAGAGCCCCCCCCCCACAGCGUCAUCAAGGCGUUCCUGAGUCAGAGAGUGGUGCCCCCCCUCCCCCUCGCCUGCAGCAGGGUUCAGCCUGGAGAGCAGCGCCCCCCCGUGGAGAGGGACACCUCCAUAACAGUCAGCUGAUCAUCCAGAAGACCCGCCUCCCCUCCGGCUGUUACCCCCCCUCCCUCCCCCCCAGCUGCAGCCUCAGGCUCCACCCCCAUUGGCUCAACAAGUCAGGCCACGCCCCUCCCCCCCCCCAAAGGCGUCUCUUCGCCUUAGCCCACAAUGCAUCUCUGCUGCCGUUGGCCAAAGCCCCGGCAGCCCGACAGCCAAUCAGCUCACAGCUACGCCCUCCUGCGGUUGGACCCCCGCCUCCUUCCAGCACAGCGCUCUCAUUGGCUGCUGCGCACACACUCCCUGCCCCCACCAUCCCGCCCUGCCUUCCUAUUGGUCAGACGACACAGCAGAGCAUCCUCCUCCCCCUCCCCUCCCUCACCAGCCCGGAAACUACAAAUCCCAGAAUGCCUUGCUCUGCUGCCAAUUCUGGGUACCUCCUACUCCAGAUGGUGUGGACUCCUCCAACCAAAACCUCCCAGAAUACACCUGGGCCAAUCAGAGAGGACAGACAGGAUGGGGGGGAGUCGGGAGAGAGUUCAGCCUCCACACUGAGCCCGCUACAGGAGACCAUGAAGCAGCUCACCUGGCUGGCGUCUGAACGGAGACUUUGUGCCGACGGAGACUCGGAGGAGGAAAACUCUCCGACCUCCGCCGGCUCUCAGGAGGAAGAGGAGGAGGAAGAGGAGGAAGAGGAGGAGGGGCCUAAAGGGGAGGAGUCUGGAGAGGGGGGUGGCAGUAAGGGGGGAGUAGAUGAAGAGACGGCGGGGGGGGAGGGGAGCCCAGAGGAGGGGGGGGGUCGGGGAGGUCGGGGGAGAGGUCAGACUCUCCGGCUCAGGGGGAGUCGGCAGGUCAGCAAAGACUCCAAGAAGCUGCUGCUGCUGUACGACGAGAACCUGCUGAGCCUCGACCCGCAGAGAGAGAGCAAAGACAUGGCCUUCGCUCAGGGGUACCUGCAGCGGGUGCGUGAAGCGCUGCAGGACUUACCUGGACAGGUGGAGGAGUUUGUGUCUCUCCUGAACGACUUCGAGCAGGUGGGCGAAGGACAGGAAGUUAUGCUGUUGUUCAGGAAGCUGCGCUGCAUCCUGGGAGAUCGGACAGACCUCCUCCGAGACUUCGCUGCAUUCCUGCAUCCUGAGCAGGCGCUGCAGUGUGGACUGUUUGAGGAGCAGCAGGCGUUUGAGCGCAGCCGGCGUUUCCUGCGACAGUUAGAGAUCAGUUUUGGAGAUAAUCCAUCACAUUAUCAGAAGAUCAUCAAAGCUCUGCAGACCGGCCCAGACCUGAGUCCCAGCAGUAUCCACGAGCUGAAGGCUCAGAUGGCCGCGCUGCUGAAAGGCCACACCCAUCUCCAAGCUGAAUUCUGGGUAUUUUUCGACGAGCUCCGCCCCCCUCCAGCACGCCCGGGACAGUUUGAGGAAGCUUAUUGGCCGGAGGAAGGAGGGGGCGGGCCAGACUGUGGAGAGGGCGUCGGCAUCUUGUUAGGAGGCGGGGCCAGCAGCGGCUUCGAGGAAGUGACGCUCCCGGAGCUGGAAGAAGAAGAGGAGGGGCUUAAGAUCCAGCCAAUGACGAGCCGGCGCCAGAGGAGGAAGAUGGACGCCCACAGGAACUACAAGGACUGUGAUUGGUCGGACAACCGCAGACACCACAGGAAAGGAUGCUUGCAUUGCCACGGCAACAAGGCACCAGGGGGCGUGUCCCGAGCGAUGAAGAGGCUGGACCCUCUGUAUGCUCAGAUAAGCCCCGCCCACCUCCAUCCAGGUGAUAAGGACCUGAAGGGGGAUGACAGCCCGCCACCAGGUCACAGCAGUGCAUCAUGGGAAGGCUCAUUCCCUCUGAUUGAUGAGAAGGAGGAAGAGGAGGACGAGGAAGAGGAGGAGCUGGAGGAUGAGGAAGAAGAAGAAGAAGAGGAGGAGAGGAAGACCAGUGAGGAGUCCAGUCCAACGGUGAAGAGGAGCAGGAUGGAGGAGGUGGGAGGGGGCUCACCUGUUAUCUCCCCCUCUUUAUCCUCCCCCUCUUUAUCCCCCUCCCUCCCCUCCUCUAACCAGCCACUAUCCCCCUCCCUCCCCUCCUCUAACCAGCCAUUAUCCCCCUCCUCUAACCAGCCAUUAUCCCCCUCCUCUAACCAGCGACUAUCCCCCUCCUCUAACCAGCCACUAUCCCCCUCCUCUAACCAGCCACUAUCCCCCUCCUCUAACCAGCCACUAUCCACCUCCUCUAACCAGCCACUAUCCCUCACCUCCUCCCUCACCUCCUCCCUCACCUCCUCCAUCACCUCCUCUGACCAGCCAUUAUCCCCCUCCCUCACCUCCUCUAACCAGCUAUUACCCCCCUCCUCUGACCAGCCACUAUCCCCCUCCCUCACCUCCUCUAACCAGCCAUUAUCCCCCUUCUCUAACCAGCCAUUAUCCCCAUCCCCCUCCUCCUCUAACCAGCCACUAUCCCCCUCCCUCACCUCCUCUAACCAGCCAUUAUCCCCCUCCCUCACCUCCUCUAACCAGCCACUAUCCCCCUCCUCUAACCAGCCAUUAUCCCCCUCCCUCACCUCCUCUAACCAGCCAUUAUCCCCCUCCCUCACCUCCUCUAACCAGCCACUAUCCCCCUCCUCUAACCAGCCAUUAUCCCCCUCCCUCACCUCCUCUAACCAGCCAUUAUCCCCCUCCCUCACCUCCUCUACCAGCCACUAUCCCCCUCCUCUAACCAGCCAUUAUCCCCCCUCUCUCACCUCCUCUAACCAGCCAUUAUCCCCCUCCCUCACCUCCUCUAACCAGCCACUAUCCCCCUCUCUCACCUCCUCUAACCAGCCACUAUCCCCCUCCUCUAACCAGCCAUUAUUCCCAUCCCCCUCCUCCUCUAACCAGCCAUUAUCCCCAUCCCCCUCCUCCUCUAACCAGCCAUUAUCCCCCUCCCCCCCCUCCUCUAACCAGCCAUUAUCCCCCUCCCUCACCUCCUCUAACCAGCCAUUAUCCCCCCUCCCUCACCUCCUCUAACCAGCCAUUAUCCCCAUCCCCCUCCUCCUCUAACCAGCCAUUAUCCCCCUCCUCUAACCAGCCAUUAUCCCCAUCCCCCUCCUCCUCUAACCAGCCAUUAUCCCCCUCCCUCACCUCCUCUAACCAGCCAUUAUCCCCCUCCCUCACCUCCUCUAACCAGCCAUUAUCCCCCUCCCUCACCUCCUUUAACCAGCCAUUAUCCCCCUCCCUCACCUCCUCUAACCAGCCUGCCAAGAACAUUUCUCUGACAGCGAGCGGAGAGAAGGUCAUCCUGUGGACCAGAGAGGCAGACCGGGUCAUUUUGACGACGUGUCAGCAGGAAGGAGCCAAUCAGAGCACUUUUCAGGCCGUCUCUUCUCUGCUUGGCAACAAGUCUCCGAGCGAGGUGUCGCGGCGGUUUCAGGAUUUGAUGCGUUUGUUUCGGACAGCCCGGCAGACAGAGGACGAGGCUCCACCCCCUGAGCUGGCAGCAGCCAAUGAGGAAGCAGACAGGGAUGACAGCCAAUCAGAAGAGCCGAAGCUUGUUUGACAUUUGCAGGACUUCAAAUAUGUGUUUAGUGUAAAUAUGAAAAUAUCAGAUUAUUUAAUGUUUUUGUAAAAUUUCUUUUAAAAUAAAACAUGUUUUUUUCAUCAAA